AUGGUUGCGCCACGGAUAGACUACCGCUACAAGAUAAUUGUCUUAGGAGAGAGUGAUGUGGGGAAGACGUGUCUUCUCCAUAAGUAUAAAGAAGAUGACUUCAAGCAAUCCCUAAUGACAACCAUCGGAGUGGACACUGUUUCCAAGAGCAUAGUUCUGAAUGGAAAGAACAUCAUGCUCAACAUAUGGGAUACUGCAGGGCAGGAAAGGUUCUUCUCGAUAACAAAAAGCUAUUAUAGAAAUGCAGACGGAAUACUCCUCAUCUUUGACAUCAGUGACGAGAGAACUUUCUCGUGUGUAGAUAGAUGGUUUGGACGUAUAAGAGAGGAAACAGGAAAUGUUCCUUUAUUUCUUGUUGGGAACAAGAGGGAUAAAGUAGACAGUGCUACAUACCAUGCAAUGGAGGGCAAUUUCAAGAGUAAGGCAGAAGAAAUGAAGGCACGGUAUUACACCACAAGCGCCAAGACGGGGGAGAAUGUAAACAAUAUCUUUGAGGACAUGGCUAUGGUUCUUCUCAAGAAACAAGUAUUAGGCCAGAAAUGGGAGUCUGGAAACCUUUAUAACAACCCUGUAAAUGAGGUGAAUAGAAAGACUAAUAGCAGAUGUUGUUGA